CACAGCUUGGUUCCUGUUGAAAGGCCAAAAACCAGUUCUCCUGCUUCGCACAGGAGUUAUUGGACAGGGUAAACUUCAAACGCACAGUUGCGUCUGUCUAUUUAGGAGCUGCUCAGGAAUGGCAGGUUACCCGCCCCCACCCGGCUACGAUCCAAGCAAGGCAGUGCCUGGCUACCCCGCCCCUGAUCCCUAUGCGGCACAAGGCUAUGGACCGCCACCUGUUCACGGCUACGGGGCACCACCGCCAGGCUACAUGCCGCCUCCACCAGGAUAUCCGACCGGUCCCUACGGGCCGCCACCACCCGGCUAUCCCGCUGGUUACCCGCCGCCACCACCGCCGGGCGUGUAUGCACAGCCGGUGUAUGUGCAGGGACCUGAUCCCCACCACCACCAUCAUCAUCACCAGCAAGACAACAGCGCAAAAUGGUGCUGCGGUUUGGGUGCAUUGGCUGCGUUGUGCUGCUGCUGCCUAAUGUUGGACUGAGGACAGGGGAGGUGAAGGAGCUGUCGGGGGUUUAGGGUUGAAGGUGUCCAUAUAUCUGCGCGGUACGGUGAUUAGAACGACGGUGCUUAGAAGCUGGUGGGGCAAAUAGUACAUGUGAGGCAAUGUCAGCUGGGGCCUGGUUCGUGUUUUUUCAGGCCGUGGGUCCGUGUACGAUCUGCAUCAGCACUGCAUAACAUUAGGCUUUUCGCACGCUCCUGGCUUGGUCCUAAGGGGUUGCUUGGUUGGGAAGACGCCAUGUGCGCGGGCGGGGUGGUGGCGGUGGGAGAAAUCAUUGCAAGGAAAUCAGAACUGCCGGCGUCCAAAGUCCGAAGCUGCGGGGGCCCGGGCUUG